AUGCAAAAACAAAAAUUAUCAAACACUACUAAAUUAUUCACCACAUCGUCAUCAAGAUCUUCAUGUCGCCCAUUAUUAUUACCGCCAUCUUCACCACCACCAAUAAUUCCUCCAAAAUCUUCAAGAAGACCUUCAUCGGAUUCUAAUCAUUCCGACUCUAGUGAAUCUAAUCCAAAUACAAUAAUAUCACAUAUAGUAUCUACAAAAUUAAAAUGCGUACUGCAAUGUUUGCUAGAUUGUCAACAAGCAAUGUCGGAAAAGAAGUCACCGAAAGUGAUUAGGAUUUACGUUAAAAAUUUCAUUGAACAAUUCGAGCAAUUCGAAUUGUUCAUCACAGAAAAUAAUAAAUCACGAAUAAUUAAUUUGUCAUCGGAUGAUAAAAAAUUAUACCAUGAAAUUGGAUUCUUUCAAGAAAACCAUGAAAAAUCAAUUUCAAAAAUAAUUGAUAGUGAAGAAAAUUUAGAUAAUAAUAAUGAAAAUGAUGUUAAAGCCAAAGAAAAUAAUACUGCUUGCUGA